GAGUCCCUAGAAUUGUCAUACCGCUUCACGUACAGCGGUUGUACUGAGUAUAACGUCAUAUCCUUCCGCCUACAUAGUCCGUUAAUAUCUUGCUGUCUACACGGUUCUUGAAUACAAUUCCGCCCACAGUCUCUCAAGGUCCAUCAUCCCGCCGGAUUUGCUACCUGCUAUAUCGUUCUGGACACUUCUCUUAUUGUCCGAUUGUAUUUAAUCUCUGAAAGGGGCCAUCAUUCCCUCCUUUUUUUUUGAAGCUACGGGUCUGACAGCUGUGCUUCAAUCCUACAUCAUUACCCGCGAAACCCACUCAUCGAUAUUGUGGCAGUUUACCAGAUAUAGCCCAUCCUUUAUCUGUUUGAGAUCGCCCUAUUUCCCAUCGCAUAAGACUAAAUCCUACCAUUCCAACUCUAGACUGUCUAAAAAGGUUCUGGUACCCUUAUGUCUAAAACUCGGAACGUGCGCAUCCUUGCGGACAUCUUGGCGCGACAUGUGCCCGCACGCGAAACCCCUAUCUUUCCCGUGCACUACCGGUUCGACCCGGCCACUCCAUCGGUACGUGACGUGCACAACUUUGUGGUGAGUGACAUUUUUACAGAGGCUGGCUGGAAGCUAGCUCCGUUGGUGGACGACUUUGGCCCCGGGCCGGCCAGCUUUGUCGAGCAAGUGCGGAGGAAGAUGAAGCACCCUACCUUUUCUGAACCCUCUCUGCCACCUCUAAGUUCCGUGGAUAUUCUGGAUUCCCUGCUGCCUCUAGGUUUUAUGGAUGCCCUGGACUCCAUGGAUGUCUCCCUCGUGGCUAAACCACGCCGGGAUUUUACAGUCUCCCACGGCUUCAGGGCCUUUCUGAAAGGUAACAUUCUCAAACAGGAGUACCGUAUGGAUUUUUCUGGACUCCUCAAUGAGCGUUUUCUCUCACGCAACCAGCUCAACUUACGGGUGGAACGCCGUCUCUGCCAGAAAUUCUUCAGCGUGGAGGAGCAACGGUUCGUCGAUAAUCCCAACCAGCAUCUGCAGUGCUUUCUCAACGUGUGUUUGGAGACGACUGACGGGAUCGUGGGCACGCUUCCGCUAGCCAUGCCGUCCCGAGAACUCGCGGUGGGUGUCCAGGGACUAGUGGUGUUUGAGCAGUUCUCCAUGUUCCACAGAUUUCAGAACCAAGACUGUUUCUUCACAAAUCCGCUUACCGGAAGGAAAGUUGCUGUGAAGGUCGCCGCCCCAGAGAUGGAGCAAGUUGGCGGCGAUAGACACUACCUUGCGUUGGUUCCCGGUCACAUCCUUGAGCACAGGGAGAUUUUCCGGAGGCUUUCGUUUCCCGGGUCGCCACAGACGUUUAUCAACGAAAAGGGAAUGUUUUUCGGGGAUCUAACCGGACGUUGGGAGGGCCAAUUUCCCGGCAGCCUACCAGCAGCGUUCUUCGAGAGUCCCAACCAUGAUAUUUCUGGAGAGAGACAGAAAGGGGGGGUGAAUUUUACCACUGAGGUUAAUGAUUCAUCCAAGGAGGUGACCAUGACCGAAAAGUCCAUCCAAGCCACCAAUACGGAUACAAUCCCUUUCAUCAUUGAAAUCAUCACGUUAGCCAAUUCAGAUAUAAAAAAAAAGUUGUCCGUGUCGGACCCUCUGCCCGAGGUAAGAUGCUCUGUUGAGGGUGUUCGCCCCAUGCUUCAGCCAUGGUUCGUUCAGGUGCUUCUCUCGCUUAGUCAGUACCGUUCGCAGGUGAAAUUUUCUACAAACCUCUCAGUCUAUGGAAGUUCGCUUGAUGAUUCACUCCCGGUUGUGUGUCAGGCGAAAGACGCCAGCAAUGUCCGGAGAUUGUUGCGGAUCUUGGGGGUUCCAACCUAUCCCGUGGUGGUGGUUCCGCGGAUUAAGCCGAUCACUGCCUCCAAACUUACAGAUAUUAUGUCUCUUGCGGCCCACGAGGACAUUCCCGCGUUUCUUGCCUCCUUCCGAGACACGAUUUUCUUGACCAACGAAGAAAUCACCGGGGAUGUUGUGCGGUCGAUGCUCUUGGUGGAAGGAACGAAUGUGAAUAAUGAAACAGGUAAAGAGGGAAGAGCUAGACAGGGGAGAGGAAAUGCCUCACGUGGUAAAAGAGAGAGAGAUGGUGUCGGAGAGGAAGGGAGAUCUGUCGCAGGGGAGAUGAAAGAUAGUGAAAAGGAUACUGUCGGUAAAUCCUUAGAUCCUAUUAGUCCAUUCUCGAAGGCCUCCGCUCUAGACUUUACCUAUCUCCGUGAUAGUCAGAUCCGCCAGUUGCGACGGAUCGAGGCAAUGCUCCAGUACCUCGAGUUCUUCAAAGCCCACCUUGUGCCAAAUUCCCGAUUGGUUCCUGUGGAACCCACCUUCUGGGACCAGCUUGUGCGACGCCAGUUCGCCGAGUUGCUUAGGCGGUACACAGGGUAUAGGCAGCGGGGCUCGUUACAAGGAAUGAACGACGUAUACGACCAGAUGCUCGCGCUUUUGGGCAAUUCGUACCUCCCAGUGGUGUUGCGGGAGAUGGAAUACGGUAAUAAGGAGAGAAUUGCGUCGUUCCAUGCGGUUUUCCACCACCUUUUGAGCCUUCUCAACGGCAUUGCAGUGAACUUCCACCCGUACUUAGCGCGCCAGAUCGGCCGUGAGUUGCUAAACCAUCGAGUUGAGAAGUUGGAUUUACUAGAACCAGAGGAUUCUCCCGACUUUGAUAUUGUGUCUAAGAUCUUUGCCGGGGUCGAGGAGCUGAAAGCAAUGGCAGCAGCGCAUCCCGGGGCAAAGCUUAUGGUAGACUCCAACUCCGUGUCGCAGUACGAGCUAGACUUCAUGGGGCAGGGUGAGAUGGCGAUUAAGCGCGGGUUUACUCUCUGGCCAGGGUCUAAGGUGUUGAAGAAGAUUAAUUUGGGUUCGCAGUAUGGGUGUAUUUACUUGGUGGUUCCCCAUGUCAAGCCACGCCAAACCGAGACCUUCCUCGGAUAGGGCGUUGGCAAAGAAGUUUAUGAAGGAAGCUUGUAAAAAGACUGGAAGGGCAGACAAGUGAUGGUAACAGGUUAUUUUGGACUGAAAUAACCGAUUUUUCUUGGAAUGAUAAGAGUUAUGGUUCCUCGUGGAAAACAUGGAAAUUUUAGAUUAAAUUUGCGACUGCACGUGGGUGAGUUUUCAGCUCAUGUAUAGAGAAACACAGAAUCCCAACUUUAAU